AGAACAUGGGAAUCUCAAACACUUCACAAACAAAACCAAAAUCAAAAUCAAAAUCUCCCCUUUUCCAUAAAAAAGCUGUCAUUUUUGUGAUUCCCUUUGAGAAUGGAAGAACACCCACAAGCCAAAGAUUUGGAUUCAAGUGAAAGUUUGAAUCUUGAUGGGAUGUGCAGAACAAAUUGGAGCAGCAAAGUGCAGAGGUUGAAAGGGAUGGUGAAGUUUGUAGUGUCAGUUUGUGUGUUUUGUUUGGUUGUUGCCUUGUUUUUGUCCCUCUUCUCUCUCUUCCCCCAUUCCUUCACUCUCUAUUUCUCCCUCUUCUCUCUCCUCAACCAUGCCUUGGACAGAAACUACAUGUUCUUGCUCUGCAAUGGAAUCCUCCUUCUCCUUGCCACCUCUCCUCUGCAACAUUCUAAUUCCAUUCCCCACCAUCACUAUGAGCUUCGAGAAGAAGAAAAAGAGGAGGAGGUGGAGGAUGACGAUGAUGACACAUCAGCAAUUCAUUCUGCUGACCUGGCAGCUGUGGGGCCCACCAGCCCCAUUAUUGAAGAAGAAGAUGAUGAAGGGUGUUUUACAGAUGAGGUGGAAGAAGAGGAAGAAGAAGAAGAAGGGAAGAGGAGUGAAGAAUUGGAGGUGGUGGUGAGUACAGAAGAGUUGAACAAGAAAAUUGAAGAGUUUAUAAGGAAGAUGAAGGAGGAAAUGAGGAUUCAAGCAGCAGCAGCAGCUCAAACUCAGCUUGUUGCAGUGUAAUCAUGAUGUGGAUUGAAUUAAAUAUGUAAAGCAUAUGCCCAAUCUAAUGAAUAAUAUAAACUAAGAAGUCUUUGAUAUAGGUAUGUGUUUUUUGGUCCAACUUCUUCCGAUCUUUGAGAAAAAUUGAUCAACAGAUUAUAAUUCAAGGAACACAAGUGAGCUGCAUGUCUUUUCAUAUU